CUGCACUCCUUACUCUCUCACCCCUCACCCCCUCGCUCUCUCAAUCCCUCACCCCUUCUCUCUCACCCUCUCACCUCCAUUAGUCUCAUCAGUGCUGUAGAUGAGCUAUUCUAAAGCACAGCUCUCUCCUUUAGCUUCAUCAGUGCUGUAGAUGAGCGAUUCUAAAGCACAGCUCUCUCCAUUACCUCAAUAAAUGAGGAUAUUAUAAAGAGGAAUGGAUUUUAGAUUUCAGGCUCUGUGUUUGAAUCCUGUUUGUAAGGGAGGGUGUGUGCUUGUGAUUAGCUGGGGAAUUAGAUUCCAUUUGGAUUAACACACACGAGAGAGGACUGACACAGAACCUGAAGAACAGGGCUGGUGUAGAACUGCUGGCAGAUCAGCCAAUCAAACCUCAGUGGUACAAUGCUGCUCCCUGUGCUGUCUCUGAUAAUCAGGUGUGUCUAACAGGAAGAGGGAAGUACAGUUUCUCACACACAGGCGCUUCAGUUACACUGGGGAUUUUAUGAUAUGAAUUCACUGAAUAUUUAUCAAAAAUUGUGGAAUUUCUAAAGAUAUUGAUAAGGAAUUAAAACAGGCAGGGAAGAACAGAGAUUUGCGAUUAAUUUGAAGUCUGUCUUUUUUAAUCUGCAGUUUUUGUAUAACAGCAAUAAGUAAAAGUGAAACUAAACUACAGAAUAAGCAGAAGUCAUUACUGAGCUCAGAACAGACUGAGACAGAAUGGCGUCUGGAUCUUCUCUCCUGGAAGAGGAGCUCUCCUGUCCUGUGUGCUCUGAAAUCUUCAGGGAUCCUGUUGUCCUGAGUUGCAGUCACAGCUUCUGUAAGGCCUGUCUGCAGCAGUACUGGGAACAGAAGGGAUCUCAGGAGUGCCCAGUGUGCAGGAGAAGAUCUUCAAGGGAACUACCUCCCGGUAACCUGUCUCUGAGGAAUACCUGUGAGGCGUUCUUAAAGGAGAGAAGUCAGAGAGCUAAAGCAGGAUCUGAAGUGCUCUGCAGUCUGCACAGUGAGAAACUCAAGCUCUUCUGUUUAGUGGAUCAAAUACCCGUCUGUGUGAUCUGCCAAACUUCAAGAAAACAUGCAAACCACGAACUGCUACCAGUUCAGGAGGCAGCAGAAGAGUAUAAGGAGAAACUCAGGACUGCACUGGCUCCACUGCAGGAGAAGCUAAAAGCCUUUAAUGCAGUGAAACUAAUCUGUGAUCAAACAGCAGAGCACAUCAAGAGCCAGGCCCAGCACACAGAGAGACAGAUAAAGAUGGAGUUUGAGAAACUUCAGCAGUUCCUAAAAGAUGAAGAGGCAUCCAAGAUUGCUGCACUGAGGGAAGAAGAGGAGCAGAAGAGUCAGAUGAUGAAGGAGAAGAUUGAGAAGAUGACAGAAGAGAUAUCAGCCCUUUCAGAACAAAUCAGAGCCAUAGAACAGGAGCUGGGAGCUGAAGACGUCUCAUUCCUGCAGAGCUACAAGGACACACAAAACAGUGGGAAUGAAGAUCUGAUGUUGCUGCUGAUAAUCUUCUAUGGUAAUGAAGCCACGCCCACAGCACAAGUGACUCCUGAAUAUUAUUGCAGAGCCCAGUGCACACUGGCGGAUCCAGAGAAGGUCUCAGGAGCGCUGAUUGAUGUGGCCAAGCACCUGGGCAAUCUGAAGUACAGAGUGUGGGAGAAGAUGCUGGGGACUGUUCAAUACACUCCUGUGACUCUGGACCCAAACACAGCACAUCCCAACCUCUCACUGUCUGAGGAUCUGACCAGUGUGAGAUGCACUGUUGAGUGCCAGCAGGUUCCUGAUAAUCCAGAGAGAUUUGAGUGGCGGUGUGUGCUGGGCUCUGAGGGAUUCAGCUCAGGGAGACACUGCUGGGAUGUAGAAGUGGGGGAUGGAGUUUACUGGUUGGUGGGUGUGGCUAAAGAGUCCAUCAGCAGGAAUGGGGCUGCGGAUAGGAGCCCAGCAGCAGGAGUGUGGGGUAUAUGGCGGGGCUCUCGGCGUUAUGAAGCCCUGACCUCCCCACCUACAGUCCUCACUGUGCGGAGGGAACCCCAGAGGGUCAGAGUGCAGCUGGACUGGAACAGGGGGGAGGUGUCAUUCUCUGACCCCAGUGACAACACUCCUCUCUACACUUUUAAACACUCCUUCACUGAGAGAGUGUUUCCAUUCUUCUAUUCUUCUUUCACAUGGACCUGUGCACUGAAGGUGUCCAAUGUAUCCCCCAGGAUUUCACUGUAGGCA